AUGAAUCACUUAAAAGUAAUAACUUUAAAGACAUCUGUUUCCGGCAUACAGUGGAGACACGAACUUAUACCAAGGCUAAAUGAUCUUGUAUCAACCGUUAACAUACUUGUUACCCAUACUUUUGCAUUGACAAAAUUUACAUUCAUCAAUGAGUUGGAAAGAAGCGAGUUUUUUGAUCUGGAAAAACACGCUGAAAAGGACUUUUACGUUGAAGUGUUCCUGGAGCUCACCAAACAAAAUCGUAAACCUUCUAAAUCAACGAAAACUAAAGACUAUAGAGAUUUAAUACGAAAGUAUAAAAACGAGUAUUGUAUCUUAACCAAGUAUGAUCCCAUCGAGUUGAAAUACGCGCAACAAAUAGCAGCAUAUGAGUGCGCGAAGAUCGACAUAGCGUACAAAAAUUCAGUCAUAUUACAAUUUUGA